AGGAGAGGAGAAGAAACACCUCGGCCUCUCUCGUCUUCAACCACGUCACUGUGCUCAAAUAUAGCAACAAACAGACCCCAUCCCAGCAUCAGUAAGAACAUCAAACUCCCCUUUUUUUGAGGAUUAUUGGUGAGAAUCACGCGUGAUUUCGCUGUUGGGUUUUCAUCAUUCAACAUUGCAUCACUACUGUCAUCAUCACUGUCCUUGUCUAUCUUCAUUCUUCAUUUGUCUCGCCUCACCAUGUAUUUGGAGAACAAAAGCAACCUGGAGAUUGAGAUGUCUCAGACGUCGGCACAAGGCCAUCAGGGCCGGAACAGCCUGAGGUCACCGGAGGCCGUUGCAGGAAACUUCGGGGAGCUUCGUCUGCUGCAGGGCAUCUCAGAGAGGAGAGACACCCAGAAACUCCAGCAGUCUGCAGUUCUGCCCUCAGGACAGUGUGUCAUCCACACUGAGGGCUUUGUCCCGGUUCGACAGGAGGACGGUUUCAGGCAUAACUUCAGUGCUGUGAACAUUCUCCGGGGAAAAUCUAAUUCAGCAAACGUUUCUGAGCGAUCGCCUCUGCUGAGAUUCUCGCAAGAUGACAGUAUAACCUACUUGACCCUACAUGACCCCAGCUUUGUUGGAGGGGAAGAGCCCUGGGACAGCGGUUCCCUGGACGUGGAGAGGAGGUACCGCCUGGGCAGCGAGGUCACCAGCCUGUCGCUGUCCCGCUCCAGCUCCUCCGAGAAGAACGACCCCCUGGACCUCAACCUCGGCUUCAAAUUCACCAGCAGUGUGAAAUGCUGCUUUAGAGUCUCCAAAGUUGCCACUAUCUUUGCUAUUGUCAUUCUCUGCAGUCUGUUCUUCAGCAUGUAUCCGGAUCGAGACAACCCCUGGAGGAUGCUGGCAGUUUCUCCGACAGAAAGCUUUUCGAUGAAUGUGACAAAUUUUCGAGACAACGCUUUGCUGAAGCUACAAGUUGCCGGGCCUUUUGCAGGAGGUGUGAUAGACUUCAACACCCAGGAGUACAUCCUGAUCCAGGUGGAGCAGACAGAGCCAUCAGGACAGCGGAGGAGGAGGACGCAGCAGGUGAUUCAUAAUUGGACCAUUCCUCUACAUGCUGAAAGAAGUGACCAGAUACUGUUAACAAAAACCUUUGAGAUGCUCAGCAGUGACCCCAUCAUCAUCACGAUCCAGGCCUUCCCGGAGGAUAACGAGGUGGUGCCGCUGUCCAUGACCCACCAGUCGCUCUACGUCAGCGUUGAGACUCAGGUGGCCAUCGCUGGAAUCAUCUUAGCUGGAGUCUAUGUUCUCAUCAUCUUUGAGAUUGUGCACCGCACUUUGGCUGCCAUGCUGGGAUCUUUAGCAGCUCUAGCUGCUCUGGCUGUCAUUGGUGAUCGACCCAGUCUGGUUACUGUGGUGGAGUGGAUUGACUACGAGACUCUCGCUCUUCUGUUCGGCAUGAUGGUGCUGGUGGCCAUUUUCUCUGAGACUGGCUUCUUUGAUUACUGUGCUGUGAAGGCUUACCAGUUAUCCAGAGGAAGAGUGUGGCCCAUGAUUAUCAUCCUCUGUCUCAUCGCUGCCAUUUUAUCGGCUUUUCUGGACAAUGUGACCACUAUGAUGCUUUUCACACCCGUCACCAUAAGGUUGUGUGAGGUGCUUAAUCUAGACCCCAGACAUGUCCUGAUUGCAGAAGUAAUCUUCACCAACAUCGGAGGGGCCGCCACAGCUGUCGGAGAUCCACCCAAUGUGAUUAUAGUAUCAAAUCAGGACCUGCGCAGAGAAGGGAUUGAUUUUGCCAGUUUCACAGGUUACAUGUUCCUCGGAAUAUGCCUCGUCCUUUUCACCUCAUUUCCUUUCCUGCGGAUGCUCUACUGGAACAAAAAACUUUACAACAAAGAGUCUAUUGAAAUAGUUGAACUGAAGCAUGAGAUCCUGGUUUGGAGGCAAACGGCUCAACGCAUUAACCCUGCCAGCCGAGAGGAGACAGCUGUGAAAUGCCUCCUGAUGCAAAAAGUCCUUAACCUGGAAAGUCUGCUGCGCAAGAUGAUGAAAACCUUCCAAAGACAAAUAUCUCAGGAGGACAAGAACUGGGAGCAAAAUAUUCAAGAAUUGCAAAAGAAGCACAGAAUAACUGACAAGGUUCUCUUGGUGAAGUGUGCGUCUGUCCUUGGCGUGGUCAUCUUCAUGUUCUUCCUCAACUCCUUUGUUCCCAGCAUUCACCUCGAGCUCGGUUGGAUCGCUAUCCUGGGUGCACUGUGGCUUUUGGUUCUGGCCGACAUCCAGGAUUUCGAGAUCAUCUUGCACCGAGUGGAGUGGGCCACGCUGCUGUUCUUCGCAGCCCUUUUUGUUUUGAUGGAGGCUUUAGCCCAGCUGCAGCUUAUCGACUAUAUUGGAGAACAGACAGCACUGCUUAUAAAAGCGGUGCCAGAAGACCAGCGCCUGGCUAUAGCCAUUAUUUUGGUGAUGUGGGUCUCGGCUCUGGCUUCUUCUCUUAUUGACAACAUUCCUUUCACUGCCACAAUGAUUCCAGUUCUCAUCAACCUGAGUCAGGAUGCAGAUGUGAACCUGCCAGUUAAACCUCUCAUCUUUGCUUUGGCCAUGGGAGCCUGUCUCGGUGGAAACGGAACAUUAAUAGGAGCAUCGGCCAACGUUGUGUGUGCAGGAAUCGCUGAGCAGCACGGAUACGGCUUUUCCUUUGUGGAGUUCUUCAAGCUGGGAUUCCCCAUGAUGAUGAUGACAUGCAUGAUCGCCAUGUGCUACCUGCUGGCCACCCACAUCGGACUGGGAUGGAACAUGUAAAUCCACACCCGCUGUACCGAGCCAAAGAGACUGUGUGUGCAUGCGACCACUCCUUCAAGAGUUUCAGCUCUCUGUCAGGUGACGGUGUAGCCUGAUCAGGGUACAGCACUAUAUGAAGCAUUGUAGCCAUAUUUUUCAAAGAAAGUGUCUUUGACUAAAGUGCAGACCAUCAGGGACCCGAUUUAUGGGAGCUUUGACCAAAACUUUGAACCCAGGAAAAGUGUAUUUACUAAAAAAAAAACAACAUGGCUCCACUCCAUAAUGCUGUACGUGGUGCUACGGCCUCAGUGGGUGUAAAAACCGGAGUACGAUGUCAGACUGUUCAUUCUUUUGGAAAUCCAUGUGGCCUGUUUACAAAAAGCAGCAAAUCAUUUCCCUUAGGCACGUGCGCGUCACUGAUCUACUUUUCAGAACACUGAUCAUUAUCUGCUUUAGACAAACAUUUCACCCAUGGUUUACCAAACUUCCGUUGAUAUUUUACAGACCCAGUGAAAGGGAUUUUCUAAGUUUGUGUCUAAUAUUUCUUUGUUGCAUUCCCAAACCUCAAAAACAGAAAAACAAAAGCAGCAUCUAUAUUAAACUGGAAAAUAACAGAAAGCAGCAGCAGAGACUGUUCUCUAAGUCUUGUUGGCUAUCUAUUGUACAGUCUGACAACCUGAGCUUCAUCUGUGUUCAAUGGAGGAAGCUUUCCAACAGAGACAAUAAAGUUUGUCAUGUUUCUGGA